GCUGGGGUCAACGUGUUAACAGGUGGUGUUCAAUUAGGCAGAGGACCAUGUCUUCAUUGGAGGAUAUCUUGUCAAGAACUGGAGGAGUCAAAAUGGACGAACUCAGGAAGUAUCUUGAAUCUACUGGGGCUCCAGGGGGCCCCCCUGACUCUGAUAUUUCUUCCUCCAAGUGUACAAAGAAAUUUUAUGAAGUUUUGAAAUCAAGUGUUUUAAAGUCUCUUAAAAGUGGUUCUUUGACUGAUUUUGUAUUGUUAAUGGAAGCACUGAGACAAUUGGGAUCUCCUUCUGUUAGCAACUUCAGGAAAUUCAUCACCUUUGGCCUAUCGAAAAUGAUGUCAGUGUGUCUGGAUCAGUUGUUACUAUUAGCUGAUAGUGCCCUCACUUUUGACUGGAAUAAAGCAAUGGAGUCAUUUGUUAGCGUCAUUGAGGAUAUAUCCAGCUAUUCUGAGUCUGCUUUCACUAGCAUAUGUCUCUUAAUCCCUUCACUCAUCCACUCACUGGUUAUUAUUAGUUAUAAACUGAACAGUCAAUAUAUCAGCACUGUCGUUGAGAUCAGUAGAUUAUUGAAUCAUUUAUUGUCCAAUUGUUCACUAGUGAAGAGGUCACUGGUACUAAGCAGUCAGGAUGUCUAUAAAGACGUUAUUAUGAUUGGUGAGAGACUGCCACUAGUAGGAGAUUUUGAGUAUCAACAGAAUUUGUUGGAGAUGUUUUUUAGACUAACGGACAAUGAUCGAAGAACUGAUGUUGCACUGAAGCUGUUUGGGGCCUAUAAACUGUCAAAAGAUUUCAUGAACAUAAGGCAGCCAGAGUUUGAAACAGAUUCAAGGGUUUUUCUUAAUAAAUUAAACACUGCUUCAGGAUCACUGCAAAGGUAGGUAGCAUACAUGUAAU